AGAGCGGGCCGCCGGCAACCUAGGCGAUGAGGGUGUUGGUGCGGCGCUGCUGGGGUCCUCCGUUGGCUCAUGGCGCUGGGCGUGGGAGGCCGAGUCCCCAGUGGCGAGCUCUGGCCCGGCUCGGCUGGGAGGACUCCAGAGUCCGCGAGAAGCCUCCCUGGCGGGUGCUCUUCUUCGGCACGGACCAGUUCGCCUGCGAGGCGCUGCGGGCGCUGCAUGCCGCCAGGGAAAACAAAGAGGAAGAGUUAAUCGACAAACUGGAGGUGGUCACAAUGCCUUCCCCGUCACCAAGAGGAUUGCCAGUGAAGCAAUAUGCUGUGCGGUCUCAGCUUCCAAUAUACGAGUGGCCGGACGUGGGAUCUGGAGAAUAUGAUGUUGGAGUAGUGGCUUCGUUUGGCCGACUUUUGAGUGAGGCUCUUAUUCUUAAAUUUCCCUAUGGCAUAUUGAAUGUCCAUCCGAGUUGCCUCCCGAGAUGGCGUGGCCCAGCCCCUGUAAUCCAUACAGUGCUUCACGGAGACACAGUUACUGGAGUAACAAUUAUGCAAAUUAGACCUAAAAGGUUUGAUGUAGGUCCAAUUCUCAAACAAGAAACUAUUCCUGUGCCACCCAAGAGCACUGCAAAGGAAUUGGAAGCAGUGUUGUCAAGACUGGGUGCCAACAUGCUCAUUUCAGUUUUGAAAAAUUUGCCUGAAAGUCUGAGCAAUGGAAGGCAGCAGCCAACAGAGGGGGCGACUUAUGCCCCUAAGAUUUCUGCUGGUACCAGUUGUGUAAAAUGGGAGGAACAAACUUCAGAACAAAUAUUCAGACUUUACCGUGCCAUUGGAAAUAUAAUUCCAUUGCAGACGCUCUGGAUGGCGAAUACCAUUAAACUUCUGGAUUUGGUAGAAGUGAACAGUUCAGUCCUUGCUGAUCCAAAAUUAACGAGACAGGCUCUUAUUCCAGGAUCAGUGAUAUACCACAAACAGUCACAAAUACUGUUGGUUUAUUGCAAGGAUAGUUGGAUUGGUGUUCGAUCAUUGAUGCUCAAGAAAGCAUUAACAGCUACUGACUUCUACAAUGGAUAUUUGCACCCCUGGUACCACAAAAAUUCCCAAGCUCAACCAAGCCAAUGCAGAUUUCAGACGCUCAGACUUCCAACAAAGAAGAAGCAGAAAAAAACUGUUGCUAUGUAACAAUGCAUUAAGUAGUUAGGAAGAAGAUGGAUAAAAAUCUAUUAUGUAUUUGUAAUUUAUUAAAAACCUUAUUUACAAGGAA